CGGGAGCGCGCGCGAGACACACAACGCGAAGCGUCCCGUUGUCGAGCGUGCGGGAACAACGUGCGCGCGCGAGCGAGCAGCUGGCGGUGUUGGCUUGGUUGUGCGCGUCUUCUUCCUUGAUCGGGGCCGCUGACGGCUGUCUUCUGUUCCCCUCUGGCUCGAUCGCGGGACUCCGUCCGUCCACCCCCCUUUGCUACAUACCAAGAGCCGUCUCCGUAGCUGCCCCGUGCUGUGUGUAGCUGUCGCGCGACUGCGUCGGUUCCGUGUGUGCGUGCGCAGAGAAUACGCAGGUCAGUCGCCGCUGCUCGCGAUGCCAGGGCCCGAGAUCGAGAAGAUGACGACGCGUUGCUGCGGCCAGCGCGCGUCGCGACCGGACAUGGCGCUGGUCAAGGCGGCCGUCGGUGUCCUGGCCGGACUGUUCCUCGCGCUGUCUGGCCUGGCCACGUACGUCUUCUUCCCUGCGAUAUUCAAGACGCAGGUUGAGUUGAACCUUGUGCUGGAACCCAGCAGCGAAGUGUACAGCAGUUGGCAGCGCGCGCCUGUACCCAUCUACAUCAAGUACUACUUCUUCAACGUGACCAACCCGGACGAGAUUCUCGCUGGCACGGGGAAGGCCCGCCUGCAAGAGGUCGGACCCUACACAUUCCUCGAGACUCGAGAGAAGGUGAACAUCACGUGGAACCCGAACGGCACGGUCUCGUACCGACAAGUGAAGCGCUACUACUUCCAGCCGGACAUGACCAAGGGGUCGCUCGAUGACGUCAUUACCACCCUCAACAUGCCCAUGAUCUCGUCGGCGCACUCUGUGCGGCACGAUCCGGACGAUUUCUUGUCGGACGCCUUGCCGGAGAUCUUCAGCGACACGGAAAGCAAGCUGUUCGUGAGCAAGACGAUGCGGGAGCUGCUGUUCGAUGGUUACGAGGACGGCAUCUUGCAGUUUGCCAAGCGUCUGGGCUACCCGGUGCCCAGCGAACGCUUCGGCUGGCUGCACGGGAAAAAUGACACCGAUGACGGCGAGUACACCAUCUUCACGGGUGCCAAAGGAAUGGACAACUACGGAGCGAUGGACAAAUUCAACGGGCGAGAUGAGACGUCCGCCUACCGCGGCUACUGCAGCAUGGUCAACGGAACAGUUGGAGACAUGUGGCCCCCAGUUGCCUUGGAAAACAAGGAAAACAUAACACUGUUCGUCUCCGAUUUCUGUAGGUCCAUCGUUAUGGAGUUUCUGGGUGACGUGGAGACUCGCGGCGUGAAGCUUCGUCGUUACUACGCCAGUCCCCGGAUGUUCAACUACAGCUCCCAGGAGAGCCACUGCUUCUGCGAUAGCACGUGCCUUCCCAACGGUGCCCUGAACGUCUCCGCCUGCGUCAAGGGAGCGCCGGUGAUCAUCACUUUCCCGCACUACCUGUACGCACAUCCGAUCUACCAGAUGCGCCUGGAGGGAAUCAAACCGGACCCAAAGAAGCAUCAGAUGUACUUGGACAUUGAGCCGAAAAUGGGCAUUACCGUGAACGCAGUGGCGAAAUUUCAAGUCAACGUUUGGAUCGACCACAUUCCUGAUGUUCCAUUCUUCGAAGACAUCACCCAACGGCGUUUCUUCCCUGUGUUUUGGUUUGAGAACCUUGCGUCGGCCGACAAGGACAUGCUGUCCAGGUUGCGUCUCGUGACGGAGGAACUUCCGCAGUACGUCACGGUUGGCGCUUUCGGCGCUGUCAUCAUUGGCGGCAUCAUCCUGCUUGCGACGCUGGUGUACGCCAUCCGAUACAUGAAGAGGCCGAAACCGGUGCAGCCUACAUACAUUCCAGUGCGCGUGCUCAAGUGAGACAGAAGCGGCCGGCUGUUCGAAAGAACGAUUUCCAGCGCCAACCGCUUUUCACUCCCAAGAAGGCCACCGGUUCGAUUGGUGCCGACCGGUUCCCAUUGACGAAAGAACUGCGCGCGCACGGACUCUGAUCGCAAGAGGAGGCCUCUUCUUUCUUCUCGACAUUAUUCCUAUCGUAAGGAGCGUGUUUAUUAAGCCCUCCGGACAAGUUACACACACACGCCCAGCCUGUGAUCAUACGUCAGCAUUCCCAUAACUUUGUUCCUCCUUGCUGGAUACCCCACAACCCGCACGCCAAGAGUAUUGUGAACGUUCUUAGCUUGUGUCGGUGGGAACCGUAGACCAGUGCCGAGGUCGACUUCAAAAAUCGUUGUCAACAUGUGCUCAUCACAAGCCACGGUCAAUCGCUCGGCCAGGCUUGGGCUGAGCUGCGCGUUGUGCCGGACGCACGCGCAACGUCAUAUCCGGCCGAAGACAGGAACUGACGCCGGAGGAAAGGUUAACCACUGGGAAGACAGCAGCGAAUGCGUGUUCGGAGCGAGGCGGUUUGUGAAUGCUCAAUGCGUUGUUGUGAAAUUAUGUGUGUUUUGUGGUGCGUCUCCCUUUGUAUAUACCGAAUCGCUCACGUUUGCUUUUUUUUUAAUCAUGAUUAUUUUUUACACCUUCGUCAUACGGGAUAGCGCGUAGAUGAGCGGAGAUAUUGAACAUCGGGCAACGAUGUGUGAAUGUCUAGUCGAUGUCGUCGCUAAAGAAAAGAAAAAAAGAAAACACGACUCGUCCCUGACUUUAUCAAGACUGCAUUGAUUUUGUGAGGUGAUGCUUUUGGCAUUCCGCGUAUUUGUGAAGCUCGUUGUUUGUGUAAAGUUGUGUAAGCUUCACUGUGUUGGCUACGUGACCAAGACACAAAUCGAGAUUUUUAUAUUUGACUGGUCACCGAAGGUUCCAUUUUUGCGUGUGGCACUUUCUUUUUGCUUGUUAGGGUUUUUGUUUUAUGCUUUUCAAAAAAUGCGUUCGCUAGAGGCUCAAGCUUGUCGCUUUUAAAAGUAAAUACAACUAAGAGCCUGCACAGCGAAGAAAUGGGUGAUCAUGUUCAUUACGCUCCUUGUAUUUCUCGUAUGCCAGUAGCGGGGCGAAAGUUCAAGCUUCGCACAUGCUGUGGUCUAUCAAGCAUUGGAAGUCUUCCGGCUUAGUGUUAUUUCUUGUACGAGCUAUGUGUGCCAAGAAUCGAGAAUCAGGGCUUGACAAUGCGAACGAAUUUCGUCUUUCCGAUUGGAUAUGUGUCAUACACAUGGUGCCACCGUUACCCGGUUUUAUAAGUUCUUUAAAGGCCUCAUACAUCCAGCUCACUGUUCUGAGAAUUCGUAUUUAGUAAGCGAAGUUCAAUCUUGCGCUACGCACGGUACUUAUACCGUUCGCGCUUUUUUUUACAAACCAGAUAAUCAGUUAUAAGUAAGAUUACCGUAUUAUCGCCCCAGUACCCAGAAUUAUCCGGUGAUUAUAUUAAUAUACGCCGUCUUAAAUGGCAAGCAGUGACGCGUACCCAGUGAACGACAUGGCGCGUAUUCUCAUUUUUUUUUUUCUAUAAAAUGAAAAAAUAUACAACUAGCUUGUAUUUGUGUGCCUAAACCUCCGCUGCAGUCAGUUAUUGGCAGAGGAAGACCACUACUGCUGACUUACAUGAAACGCGCAUGAGUUUCUCAACUUGAGUUUAGAAAUUCAUACUAUCACAUGGUCAUAUGUCGUGUUUCUUACUGAGCUUUAGAGAAUUAGUGGCAUUUACAAACAGGUAUUAUGCGGCAGUAGGAGCGAGUGCUGACCUUUCUCUCCGUGUUUCCUUUCUGCAGGAAAGAUCUCGAGCGCUAGCGAUCAAGUGCCUAUCAAAGAAACAUUUAUUCCACCAAGCUUGUGGAAACAUGUGCUCAGAGAAGCUGUUGCUUACUGCACUGUAUAUAGACUUUUUUGAGGAAGUCUCUGUAUUCUGAUUAAUGCUACGCUAGCGAGAGUAAGAUUUAUCUUGCCUCACAGGCGCACUUAGUCAGCAGAGGGCACAUGCGAAUUAGGCGGCGUCAUUGUUUCCAAUAAACGCGAUGCAGGUCUCGCUCUGAAUAAUUUUCACCUAGAUAGAUAUCGUUGUGUUAAAUUUGUACUGCUAUUAGCGCACUCAUCGUGCCACUGUGGACCGGGUGCAGUCUUUAAAAAAGAAGCUUUAUAACUUUUCUUCUUUCAUUUGGAUACAUGGCAAAAUCAGGCCCUGUAUCCCCGCCCUAGAAAUUUCUUAAGACGAAGUUGUUCGUAACAGCAAGUGGCCAUCCAAUUACGAUGUUGAGCAAAUUAUUGGUGAGUGCGGCUGGUCGUUGGCAAAGAACACAUACGAACAAAAAGCUUUGCGAAUUCGUCCUGCUUUAUCUAGGUAACCGGUUAACCGAUUAUGCAAAGGAAGUUGUAGGUGACACUUAACUGAAACAUUAUAAUACUAGGGAUUGUUUUUCAUAAAUGGUCUAAAUUUCUUUUCUCGAAAACUCCCGACAAACACAAUAUCACAAGAAAAUUUGAACAGCGCGCAUGCAACUUUGAACUCAGUAACCAGAACAGAUCUCCCAAUUCUACCAGCAGCAACAAAUGCAGCAUUUAAUGUGAACUACUUUUUUACUAUAUAAAUGUUGUGUAAAGCGCUUCUUUGGUUUGGUCUGGGGAAGGUCUGCGAAAGUGCUAUUUGCAAAAGGCUGGUAAUUACAAUAAUCCUGUGCAGUGUAUCGUUCUGGUGCAUUUUAAAUGUUUUAAUAGACCUGUUCACAAAGCUAUAUCCGUACUUCCUUUGCAGCGUUGCAAUUUUUAUUCCUCGGGUAUCGUUCUUCUCGUGUAAGUUAUCAUAAUUUGCCCAUUCCCGAAACAUAUGUCUGGGGAUCAAGAUAGAAAACAAGUCCAACAACCAGUCCUUAGAAUAUGUUUUUUUAUUUAAUUACACUAAAAUAAUAUAAAUAUGUUAGGAAAUUGCCAUAAGGACAGCACAUUUACAAAUGGCGCGUACUUGAGUAUUGAGAGACAGAACAGAAAAGCAAGAGCCGGGAGCUUAGCUACGUUUUUGACCAGCGAACAACUCGGUUCCGCACGGUAGACUGCGGGAUGUCAAGCGAUAAAGUUGCGAAGGCUGCUUAAAGCGGCGUAACUUUUUGUGGCACGAACUUUUUAGCCCAGUCGUACAUUAUGUAUGUGAUACCUAUACUCUGGCGUUUUGAUUAAAGACAAACAUUUAACUCUAGGUUUUUACGAGCACGGCGAACUAAGGAGCCCAAAGUCAGCCACGCAAGCAGAAAACUAUGCUCGGCUCAUGGUCUCCAGCACUUCACCCCCUGACUAUACCCAAUCACUGAUGCUUCGUGCGUCUAUUUUGUGCUCAAACUACGAACAAUAUUUUGUUUGCGUGAAGGCAGCCCAGAACAAUUGCGCCGGUUUUAAGAACUCAUACUUUCUGUGUUCUUCUGGCUUUCUGCAGCAAUAUAACAUGGUGCGUGUUGUUACGAGCGGUAUUUAUUUCCACCAACAACUGAAAUGGAAGAGGCAGAUGCGCGCUGCCUCCAGCCUCCCCAGCCACAACGUCCCACAGUUACCCGAACGAGCCAACCCGCGAUGCAAACGGGCCUAGUAUGGGUAACUUGCUUUUGAGUUAAGCCGUUAUAUGCAAUAAAGUCCGAAAGCCCAAUUUACAUUUAAGUAAUCUAUUUGCUCGACAAAGCGUUCAGUUCGAAGCUUUCUUUAUUGGCUUUAGAAUAGCCACAAGGAAGGGAUGUCGUUCCUUACGCUAUCAUUCAUCAUGCACACGUAAUUCAUUGCGAAAAUAAUUCGACAGCUUCUAUUCUGGACGUGCUUUGAAACUACGUCACAGAAGUGUUAAGUUGACGUGCACAUCAUCCGCGGUCUGCCCAGUAAUUUCAGUGUUUGUGAAGGUAUUUUCUGCGGCGACAUCUUGAACUUUAUACCAUUACGUAAUAUCCUAGUUUGAUCCCAUUUUUUUCCCUCACUUGUUUACCGUUACGCACCUUUUGUAAUGGUAAAGGUCCGAUACAGGCGUAGACGCACUUAAUCAUUCUUCCCGUCAGAUGUAGUGUCACCGGCAUCUCAACAGUGCGACUGAAGCGUCAGUGCGUGUUUUCGGUAUUCAUGGAAACCUCGUUCUUGUGCUUCUUAGUUCCUUUCCUGCAGCUUUGAAGUAGUUCCUCUUGAAUCAGGCUUGAAUCUAUGCCAGAUGGUAAGCGUUGAGAGUGACCAAGAUGACGGAUAAAUAACAAUCUACGUUUCCUUCAACUGAGAGGUUUCCGAAGCUCAACCAGAACCACCGGCCGCCCAUUGAUAAUUUACGAACCUCUUCCAAGACGAAGAUAUAUAUGCACGAGCCACAUUGUGAUGGCCACAUGACGCGCCGCGGGAAGCAAAGAAUUAAAGAGGUGCCAACUGCAAAUCAGAGUAGAAUAGGUUAUGUGCUCAAAACGAGCAACAUGGCGUAGGAAAGCGCCAUUACCAAAAAUUUGCUCUAAGAUUGGAGCAGUGCCUUGCUGUCCUUUAAUUUUUUUCAGACUUACAACACAGCAUCGCAGCGACGCUCGAAGUGAGACUCUUAAGCCAGCUUUAUCCUCUUAUCAUGUGCAGUGUUAUUGAGAACUCUUGUGUUGUUAAGCCUUGGCUGAAACAGUCGGUGCUGCCUUGUGUGUACGUCUCUGCAGGCUUGUUGCCAAACGUUCGUAUAUAGCUGCGAGGGGCAUUUUUACGCUAUACGCUUACGUAUAGUCGCACGCUAGUCCCAUGCGUCAAAAGUGUCCAAUGACCAAGUGCCUCGAUAAGACUCGUGCUAGUUGUGAUCAGUGCGCGCUCUGUAUCGGCGCAGUGCGAUGAGCCAGCCACAUGUGAACCACGGCAGCCGGAGAAAUGUUGUGGCUGUCGUGCUCCCUACCUCGAAUAUACUCCGUUUUAUGUACUGUAAUUCCUCGAAUACAAUAACACAAGUGUGCCUAAAGUAAGUCCCGUCGCGAGCCCGCAGUGCCUUCUGUGUACGGAAAGUCUUGCAGACGAAUUGUAUUCUUCCUGCGCCGCACCAUAUCGCAAAAGAUGCUGCAUGCUGUGGCUCUGUUUGGCACGUGCCGUUGUUGCGUUAAAAGCGUGUUUUCUUUUUUUUUACUCAAAAUAAACAAAGUAGUCCAAGUGUUGUCGGUACACACGCAAAACAAAUAUCGGCAGUUUAGUUAUGACUCGCUUACUCCUGUCCAUUCAUUGUUCUGGCAAAAUGCACGAUUUGUGCUCGUACCUCUACCAGUUGUGGUGAGCAAGCUGGCGCGACGUGUAGUCUAGUUUGAUUCUUUCUUUUUUUUUAAUUUGGCAGGAGUGCUUACGUAGCGUUACGUGCGAGUUGCACAACGCAAGGACACGCGUGCCAAAAAGAGUCAUAUAUUUUUCCAUGUACCCUCGUCGGUCCGUGUUCUGAAAAAAAAAAAAAAAAAGGACUGCCAAAGCCCAUGAACCCACGAAUACACUGCGAGCCGUAUGUCAUAGUCCUCCGAUAACGUGCAUAAUACGGUUGUUGUUUUUUUCUUUUCUACGUAUUAUAUGUCCGAAAGUAUAUACACUCAUCUUGUCAUUGGCACUGCCUUGAUGUUACGUGAGCUCUCGCGUGGGGCAAUUUUGUUGCGUCAUUUUGUGUGCUGACUCGAACCUGAAUAAAAAUAAAACAUGCUCAAGA